AGUGUGGUAGACAGGUGUACUUUGGAGCAUUGGCUCAGUUUAUUUGUCAGCUCACUGUGGAAUGAUAAGGAACCGAAUUGGGAUUGAUAUGGCUUUAUUCAUUCUUGUUCUAUUCCCAUAUAUAAUGCUGCAGACAUUUGCAGCCCCAGGAUCAGUGUUCCUAGACGGGAAGAAAGCUGACAGCAUUUUGAGGAGACAAAGGCGAGCGAACACAGGAUUAUUUGAGGAGUUUCUGAAAGGGAAUGUAGAGAGGGAAUGUAUGGAAGAGAAAUGUGUCCUGGAGGAGGCCAGAGAAGCAUUUGAAAAUGAUGAAAAGACAAUGGAGUUCUGGGCAAGUUAUAUUGAUGGGGACCAGUGUAAACCAUCACCCUGUCAAAACCAAGGCACAUGUGAGGACCAGAUGGGCACAUACACCUGUAACUGUAAACCGGGCUAUGUUGGCAAAAACUGUGAAAUAGUAACUGCCAAAAUGUGUGAUGUUGAUAAUGGAGGCUGUGAGCAUUUCUGUGUUGUGAUGGAGUCUAAUGGGACAGGAUGUCGGUGUGCAUCCAGUUACAGACUCAAAGAAGAUGGAUUCACAUGUGAACCGUUAGUUAAGUUUCCAUGUGGCAAAGUCAGUAAUACAGCUGUGAGAACUUGGGCCAGCGGUCCAGCCUCUGUAACGAACUCUGCACAAUCUUCCAAUAAGACAGUCAAAUCCACAUCCAGCGUUUCCAAACCGGACAACUCGACAACCCCUUCAAAUUCUAAACAGAAAAAAGAGAAAAUCACGCCAUCUCGUGUUAAACUCCCUCAAUGGGCAUUUGAUGAGUAUUUGAUGACUCCUGAACCAACUGUAAGUGCCCCAAGAAGCCGUAUUGUUGGUGGCAAUCCAUCUUUACCUGGAGAAAUCCCUUGGCAGGUGGCGCUGGUGGCGCGCUCAACACAGCAGGUAUUCUGUGGAGGCUCCAUCCUUAGCCAGUUAUGGGUCAUAACUGCAGCCCACUGUCUGGUAGGGAUACAGAAUGGAUCCUUCUACAUCAGAGUUGGGGAGCAUGAUGUCUCCAAGACUGAAGGCACGGAACAGAAUCUGAACGUCACCCGUUUCAUCUCACAUCCCCGUUAUGACUCCAAAGUGAGCCUCUAUAAUCAUGAUAUUGCCAUGUUGCGGCUGCGCAACCCCAUCCGGUUUACCCCAACUGUACGUCCCAUCUGCCUGGGACCCAUGCUCUUCUCCAACUCACUGCUGCAGUCCGGAUCUCUGGCUACUGUCAGCGGCUGGGGCCGUCUGCGCUUUCAAGGCCGAAGUGCAGCAACCCUACAGAAGGUUGAGUUGCCUUAUGUAGACAGAACAGUGUGUAAGGAAAGCAGCAGUGACACAGUCACACACUUCAUGUUCUGUGCUGGAUACUCAAAUUCUCCUAGAGACGCGUGUCAGGGGGACAGCGGAGGACCUCAUGCCAUGCGCUACCACAACACCUGGUUCCUCACAGGCAUUGUCAGUUGGGGAGAAGAAUGUGCCAAGAAAGGGAAGUACGGUGUGUACACACAGGUUGGUAAUUAUUAUCGUUGGAUACAACACGUCAUGGGUGUUACUAAGGGAGUACUGCUUAGAGAUGUGGACCUAUGAUCUAGAAUUAUCAUUUUAAAAUCUAUGAGUAAUCAGAUGUGGAGAGAAAAGAUGCACUUGUUUAAUCAGGUGAAGUAAAUACAAUUAGAUUGUUCUUAAUCUGUAACAGAUUGUGGUCAUACUCUGCCUCCAAGUCCUGGCUGGCCAAUGAGAUUCCAUCAAAUAAACCCUGUGCAGCAUUUGAUC